AUGCUCCGCGCGACCAAGUCGACGCCGCUGCUGCGGUCCUGCGCCCGCGCUCUCUCGAGCGCCGCCGAGACGUCGGUCGCCAACAAGAUUGGGAAGAACGUCUUUGCCGAGUUCUCGGCGCUGGCAGCCAAGCACAACUCGCUCAACCUCGGCCAAGGCUUCCCGUCCUUUGGCACGCCAGCCUUUCUCAAGGAGGCCGCCAUCGAGGCCAUUGCCGGCGAGCACAAUCAGUACACGCGGCCGGGCGGCAACCCGGCCUUGUGA